GUGGGGAGUAGCAUGAAAUUAUGACUGGAGUAGGGACGACCAGUAGUGAAUACUCGAGGAUUGCCAGCCGCAGUCAGGGUCGCGUUAAUCGCGAGUCGUCAUUCGAACAAGAAGGUGAUCGUCUCGAGUAUAAGCACAUCAGAUUUAACAAUGUGGAAGUUAACUGUGAUGUUGUUGGGGGCUAGCCUGGCCCUGGCCUCGCCCCAAGUGUCGAACUUGGACGUACUGAUUGACAAGGCUUUUCCAAAUAGCAACAAUCAGAAUAAUAACGAUCCAAUUUCCCCAUCAAGACCGCAGACUACACAGUCCCCUAAAAAUCUUGAUGUGUUGAUUGACGAAGUGUUCGGUCAACAAGGCAAUAACGAUCAACGUAAUGAAAACAACAAUAUGAAUAACAUUCAAGUUAAAAAUCUUGGUGAUACUUUUUUAGGUGUUGAUAAUCAGAAGAAUAAUGAUAAUAAUGGUGACUGCGAGUGUGUACCUUACUACCAGUGUCAGAAUGGAUCUAUCGUUGAUGAUGGAGUGGGGCUCAUUGACAUCAGGUUACAGGCCCCUGGCUGCGAGAGUUACCUCGACAUCUGCUGUAAGCGUCCGGACAUCAUUCGGAACCCAGACCCCACCCCACGACCAGUGCCUGUACGCAGAGGCUGCGGAUGGCGAAAUCCCCAGGGUGUUGGAUUCAGAAUCACUGGAGAUCGAGACAACGAAGCCCAAUUCGGUGAAUUUCCGUGGAUGGUGGCCAUUUUGAGGGAGGAGGACAUCAACAAUACGAAGAUGAAUGUUUAUCAGUGCGGAGGGUCUCUUAUCCAUCCCAGAGUCGUCCUCACAGCUGCCCACUGCGUCGUUGGCAAAACUCCACAACAAUUGAGGGUUCGUGCGGGUGAGUGGGACACACAAACGAAGUCGGAAAUAUAUCCUCAUCAGGAUCGCAAUGUGGCUAACUACGUCGUCCAUGAGAAUUAUCACGGUGGGGCACUUCGCAAUGACUAUGCUCUUCUGUUCCUGUCUCAACCAGUCGAUAUCAUUGAGAGUAUUAAUGUUGCAUGUCUUCCUGAAUCUGGUGAUAUCUUCGAUGGAGCUAAGUGCCUCGCCAGUGGGUGGGGCAGAGAUGUUUUUGGAAAAGAAGGUCAUUAUCAAGUAAUCCUCAAGAAGGUGGAACUCCCAGUAGUCAACCGUGAAAUAUGCCAGAUUAGUCUCCGUACCACACGUUUGGGAAAAUACUUCGCUCUUGACCAGAGCUUCAUCUGCGCUGGAGGCGAACCUGGAAAAGAUACUUGCAGGGGCGAUGGAGGAAGUCCACUAGUCUGCCCACUUCGAAGUGAUCCUUCUCGGUAUGUUCAGGCUGGUAUCGUUGCCUGGGGCAUUGGCUGUGGUGAGAACGGUGUUCCUGGUGUCUAUGCCAACAUUGCUGCUGCUCGCAACUGGAUCGAUCAGCAACUCGCUUAUAACAAUCUAGAUAUCACGACUUACGUACCACAAUAGUCGAUAUCUGUAUUAUGUAUCUGUAUAAAAUCGUACUUUUAAUUCGUGUAAUGAUUGUUAUUAUCAGAUACAAAAUAAAAAUGUUAAAAUUAGGAAGAAAUUAUAUUCAUUAGGAGAUUAAUAAAUAAGAGAUUGGUUUUUA